AUGAAACGAAAAAGAAAACAAACUCAACCUGACCAGGUUCGCAAUAACAUGUUUGACCAAGCUUUUAAUGAUAGCCUAUUUCAAUGCAAUAGUCAUGUUAACCACGGGGAGGACGUGCAAACUCGGGCUCUCCCGAAAUUUGCAUUUAUAGCACCUAUAAUGACCCAUGAUAUGAAACUCAUGAAUACGAGCAAUUAUAGGAGACAGUCUAUCUUGAGAUGGAAAACAAAAAGGGCAAACCAAAGAAAUAAAACACCUCCCAAGGAAUCUGAUACAUUGGCUGCAACCAAUGGUUCUUCACGCCAUGUUAGCCCUUUUCAUGAGUCUCCAAUUAUCUUAACUCGCACAAAAGAUACACAAGCAUCAACAUCUACCAGUAAUAGGCCAAAAACCCCAAGAACAAAGAGGAAAGGCCGCACCCCGAAAACCGGAAGAAACCUGUUGCAAUUCAUUCCUUUAAUGAGUGAAUCGUUGCCUAGAAUGAAAGAUUGUGCACACUGUGGUGCGGCUAAAUUUUACUCUGAAACGAAGAAUUUUUGUUGCUCAAAUGGUCGUGUUGUUUUGGCUAACAACAAACUCCCAGCCAUCCUGAAGCAACUUUUGACAUCACCAUCAGAAGAAGCAAAGGCAUUUAGAACAUGCAUUAGGACAUAUAACAACCUAUUUGCUUUUACUUCUUUGGGCGUAAAGUCAGAUACCACCCUUGCCAAGAGGAACAAGGGCAUUUACACAUUUAGGGUGCAAGGUCAAGUUUACCAUUUCAUAAAUGAUUUGCAUCCCAGUGACGAUGGUGCCAAAAACCUCCAGCUUUAUUUCCAUGACACUGAACAUGAAAUGCAAAAUCGUCUAGCAUCUUGUGAAAGGCUAUCUGAACCAGCAAUUGGCAUAUGCAUGGAAGUGCUUCUGCAAAACCCUUAUGCUUGUUUCUUUCGAACACUUAAAAACGUCCCUCAUUUGGAGAACUACCAGAUAAUCCUUAAAACACUUCCAUCACAAGAUCAAAGAGUGUACAAUAAACCAGAAGUCUCACAGGUUGCAGCACUUUGGAUAGAUGGUGGAGAAGAUGGGGACCAUGGUCAUAGGAACAUUGAAGUUAAAACGCACAACAACCAUUCUAGAAAAAUACAUUAUUAUUACGGUUGUUAUGACCCGUUACAGUAUCCUUUAAUGUUCCCGUUUGGCGAACUUGUCUUGGCCCAAAAUGAUGCAGAUUAUGUCUUUAUGAGAGAGUAUUAUUGCUACAAGCUCCAAAUUAGGAAGAAUGACAGAUCGUGUCUCUUACAGUUUGGUAGACUCCUCCAACAGUAUGUAGUUGACAACUACGUCAAACUUGAAACACAAAGAUUAGACUUUUACAGAACACAACAACAAGAAAUUAGAAAAGAAUAUCUGCAAGGAGUAGUGGAUACAGUAGCAGCAGGUGAGACCCAAGGUUCAAAGGUUGGCCAACGAAUAAUCCUUCCAUCUAGCUUUAUUGGGGGGCCAAGAAACAUGCGUCAGAAAUACAUAGAUGCCAUGACAUUAGUGCAAAAAUUUGGAAAACCCGAUAUAUUUUUGACAAUGACAUGUAACCCAAAUUGGCCAGAAAUCAAAGACCUUUUGAUACCGCAAGAAGAAUCACAGAAUCGAGCAGAUCUGGUGGUAAGAGCUUUCCAUGCAAGGCUUGAACUGCUAAAAGAAACCUCUUUAAGAAACAUAUAUUCGGUGAAGUAG